AUGAGAAUUGGCUGGAUUCAGAAAGUCGUUGACAAAUGGCCAGGCAAGAGAAUAUUUGGAAUGUAUAGAUUCCUCCCUAUGUUCUUUGUAUUGGGAGCAGCAUUAGAAUAUUCGAUGAUAAACUGGAAAGUAGGUGAAAUAAGCUUUUAUAAUACUUUUAAGAAGCGUCAAGCAAAGGAUAUUGUUGAAGAAAAAAUAAAGAAAUACUCAGUUGUUUAA